AAGCUCAAAAAACAAAAUAUUAUUUAAUUAAAAAAACUAAAAAACAUGAAGAAAAGAUUAAAAUACCUUUUGAAACUGAAUGUAAUAAUACUGAUCCUGAAAUGUUAGAAAUAUUUUAUUUAAGUCAAGGUGAUUAUAAUAUUAAAUAUAAUGAAGAAAAAAAUUUUCAUUUAAAAUUUAUUGAAGGGAAUAAAUAUUCUGUUUGGAAAGAUAGUGAUAUUGUAGAAAUUUAUCAU